GAGAAUUUUCGACCCAACAGAAGGCCGCAGCUCUCGGCAGAUGAGAUUCGUGCAGACUACAACGACAUCUCUUCCCAAUGGCUCAGCUCGGGGUGCCAUGCGACCCUCUCUAACCUGGUCAGAGACAAUGCUUCGUCCCAUGCAGGCGUCAGACGGGCAGUCUGUCUUGGCCUGGGGGCGUUUGAUCCUGAGGACGGCUCAUUGCUUGCCCAGCGGAGAUCACACAUCCAACUGGCUGCCUUCCUGACCAUAGUGCAGAUUCUCGAGGAAGAGGGCAAAGGAAAGAUCGAGUGUAUCUACCAGGAGCCUCGGUUUGCCCAGCCAGACAAGGACUUCAUCGCCAGUUUAGGAGGCAAGGUUCUCGACUCUCCCGCCUCGUAUGAUCUCAUCGACGAGACCACUAUGGUCUACGGCAUUCACCUCUAUCGCGAUGUCUGGAAUGCAGCUCUCGACAAGAGUCUGCCUGCAAUGUGUGUUGGGACCGGCUGGGACGUUUGGGAAGGUUGUUGGACAGCCCAACGCUGCUCAGAUCUCUAUCGGAUCCACGAGAUGGAAACAGGAACUGCUUUUGACAAGUACCCUUUCCCAACGGAUUUCGACACGUCCUUCUCCAAUACUUGUAUCUACUGGAAG